UCGUCACACGACUUCUCCGCUGGGUUGUCCUUUCUCCGGAUCUCACUGCAAUGGCGGAGCAGCAGCAGUUCUACCUCUUGCUGAGCAACUUGAUGAGCCCUGACAACGGCGUCAGGAAACAAGCGGAGGAAGCCUAUGAUUCAAUCCCUGGUCAGGACAAGAUCACCUUCUUGCUACAGGCCAUCAGAGAUGCAUCUGCCACUGAGGAGGUUAAGCAGAUGGCGGCCGUGCUGUUACGGCGGUUGCUGUCGUCUUCCUUUGAGGAGAUCUAUCCAGGCCUGACUGUGGAGAUGCAGACAGUCAUCAAGACAGAGCUGCUAUCCAGCAUCCAACAGGAGACCUCACCCAACAUCCGCAAGAAGGUCUGUGAUAUCGCUGCUGAGCUCUCACGUAACCUCAUUGAUGAUGACGGAAACAACCAGUGGCCAGAGCUGCUCAAGUUCCUGUUUGACUCUGUCAAUUCUCAGAGUGUCAGCCUGCGAGAAGCUGCCCUGCAUAUAUUCUGGAACUUCCCGGGGAUAUUUGGCAAUCAGCAGCAGCAUUAUAUGGAGGUUAUCAAGCGCAUGCUGGCACAGUGCAUGCAGGACCAGGAGAACCCACAGAUUCGUACCCUGGCAGCACGUGCUGCAGCCUCCUUUGUUUUGUCCAACGAGAGCAACACAGCCCUGCUGAAACACUUCUCUGAUCUGCUACCAGGCAUUCUGCAGGCAGUGAAUGAGUCUUGCUACCAGGGAGAUGACUCGGUGCUCAAGUCUUUGGUGGAGAUAGCUGACACUGCACCCAAAUAUUUGAGACCCCACCUAGAGCCUACUUUACAGCUCAGUCUUAAGUUGUGUGCAGACACCAACUUGACCAAUAUGCAGAGGCAGCUGGCACUGGAGGUCAUUGUCACCCUCUCAGAGACUGCAGCAGCCAUGCUGAGGAAACACACAGCCAUCGUGGCUCAGAGCGUGCCCCAGAUGUUGGCCAUGAUGGUGGACCUGGAAGAGGAUGAGGAGUGGGCCAUGGCCGAUGAGCUGGAGGAUGAUGACUUCGACAGUAAUGCUGUGGCUGGAGAGAGUGCCCUGGACAGAAUUGCCUGUGGGCUGGGAGGCAAGAUCGUGCUGCCAAUGAUCAAGCAGCACAUCAUGCAGAUGCUACAGAACCCUGACUGGAAGUAUCGCCACGCCGGUUUAAUGGCUCUGUCUGCCAUUGGUGAGGGCUGCCACCAGCAGAUGGAAGCUAUUCUCAAUGAGAUAGUCAGCUUUGUCCUCCUCUUCUGCUCUGACCCUCAUCCCAGAGUGCGUUACGCUGCCUGCAAUGCCAUUGGACAGAUGGCCACAGAUUUCGCACCCACCUUCCAAAAGAAGUUCCAUGAUAAGGUGAUCUCUGCCCUGCUUCAGACCAUGGAAGACCAGAGCAACCCCAGGGUGCAGGCGCAUGCAGCUGCUGCCCUCAUCAACUUCACAGAGGACUGUCCCAAAUCGCUGCUCAUCCCUUACCUAGACAGCCUGGUGCAGCAUCUGCAUGUCAUUAUGGUAGCCAAGCUUCAGGAGCUGAUUCAGAGGGGCACCAAGCUCGUACUGGAGCAGGUGGUGACAUCCAUUGCCUCGGUGGCCGACACGGCCGAGGAGAAGUUUGUGCCCUACUAUGACCUGUUCAUGCCCUCACUGAAGCACAUUGUGGAGAAUGCCGUGCAGAAGGAGCUGCGCCUGCUUCGUGGCAAGACCAUAGAAUGUAUCAGCCUCAUUGGCCUGGCAGUGGGCAAGGAGAAGUUCAUGCCUGAUGCUUCAGCUGUGAUGCAGCUGCUCCUCAAGACCCAGACAGACUUCAAUGAUCUGGACGAUGAUGACCCUCAGAUCUCGUACAUGAUUUCAGCCUGGGCGAGAAUGUGUAAGAUCCUGGGGAAGGAGUUUCAACAAUACCUGCCAGUGGUAAUGGGUCCCCUGAUGAAGACGGCCUCCAUCAAGCCAGAGGUGGCUCUUCUUGACACCCAGGACAUGGAGAACAUAUCUGAAGAUGACGGCUGGGAGUUUGUCAACCUGGGAGACCAGCAGAGCUUCGGCAUCAAAACCGCCGGCCUUGAGGAGAAGGCCACCGCCUGCCAGAUGCUGGUGUGCUAUGCCAAAGAGCUGAAGGAGGGGUUCGUGGAAUACACGGAACAAGUGGUGAAGCUGAUGGUGCCUCUACUCAAGUUCUACUUCCAUGAUGGGGUCCGGGUGGCAGCAGCCGAGUCCAUGCCCCUGCUACUGGAGUGCGCUCGGGUUCGUGGACCCGAGUACCUUACCCAGAUGUGGCAUUUUAUGUGCGACGCCCUCAUCAAGUCCAUCGGCACAGAGCCAGACUCAGACGUCCUUUCGGAAAUCAUGCAUUCUUUCGCCAAGUGUAUUGAGCUGAUGGGAGACGGCUGCCUGAACAACGAGCACUUUGAAGAGCUGGGCGGUAUUCUGAAAGGGAAGCUGGAGGAGCACUUUAAAAACCAGGAGCUCAGACAGGCCAAAAGACAAGAUGAAGACUAUGAUGAGCAAGUGGAGGAAACAUUACAAGAUGAGGAUGAAAAUGAUGUGUACAUCCUGACAAAAGUGUCCGACAUCUUGCACUCGGUCUUCAGUAGUUACAAGGAGAAGGUGCUGCCCUGGUUUGAACAGCUGCUGCAGCUUAUCGUUCAGCUAAUAUGUCCCAACAGGCCGUGGGCUGACAGACAGUGGGGCCUGUGCAUCUUCGACGAUGUAGUGGAACACUGCAGCCCCUCGUCCUUCAAAUAUGCAGAGUACUUUCUGCGCCCCAUGCUCCAAUCACUGUGUGACUCCAGCCCCGAAGUGCGGCAAGCGGCUGCCUACGGUGUAGGAGUCAUGGCCCAGUAUGGAGGAGAGAACUAUCGGCCAUUUUGCACAGAGGCCAUCCCACUGUUGGUGGGUGUGAUCCAGGCUGCAGAAUCGCGCUCUAAGGAGAACAUCAACGCCACAGAGAACUGCAUCUCAGCAGUGGGGAAGGUGAUGAGGUUCCGGCCCGAGUGUGCCAAUGUCAACGAGAUCCUGCCCCACUGGCUAGGAUGGCUACCCCUAAAUGAAGACAAGGAGGAAGCUGUGCACACCUUCGACUUCCUGUGUGACCUCAUUGAAAGCAACAACCCCAUUGUCCUGGGACCAGACAACUCCAACCUUCCCAAAAUAUUUUUCAUCAUCGCAGACGGAGUAGCAAAUGAGUCUGUUAAGAGCGAAGAUGCGUGUAGCAAACGGUUGGCUAAUGUCAUCCGCCAAGUACAGGUAUCGGGAGGGCUCUGGUCACAGUGCGUAUCGACACUGAACGAGACACAGCAGAAAGCCAUACAAGACCUUCUGAACACCGCUUGAGCCGCCUUGACACCCCCCACACACAAACACACACACCUUCCCCCACCCCUAAUCAACCUGCCCCCACCUUCAGUGAAAAUAGCCAGACCAUGAUGAAACAUCUAGAUCCUGGAUCUACUCAUAGACCCCUUUCUUCCUCCUGCUCUGACCUGUAGCGUGCGUGUGUGUGUAUGUGUGUGUGUGCGUGCGUGUAUGUGUGUGUGUGCGUGUAUGUGUGUGUGUGUGUUUGUGUAUAUGGACUUCUCUGCCGCCUGAUUCUGGCUACGCCGCCCAACCCCUGCCACCCCAGUCUCUCCUCCCUGAUCUGUCUACAACAGCCCGCUCCCCUUCCUCUGUACCCUGGGAUCCUGCAGGAUUUGACCGAGCGUUGAGACCCAUUGGCCUUCCCAUUUUCAUGGAGGACAGUGCACACCAAAUCAAAGCCACUCCCCGUGCCCAAUGAGCAGACUUUAUCAUCCACUUACCCAAUGGGUGUUUUGUCAGUCCUCAUCCGUGUGUAAACGGAGUGGAAGCAGAGAAUAUACCCAGUUACCCCCAUCUUUAUAUGUUACAAUAUCUGGUCACGUAUCUUUCAUCUGGACUUUAAUUUUUUAAUUUUAUUUUUUGUCAUUCCCCGAGUUUGACUUGUCAUGUUGUGCUCUGGACUCCCAUUUUCCAUGUCGCCCACUAGAAACCCAUUACACUGUCCACCUCAGAGGGGCAACAGUUUAUGAAAUGGGGACUGGACUAGAAGUUUGAGCAGACUGAGUGACUAAAUGAGGUGGAAUGCACAUGGGGCGAUCACUGCCUAUAUCCUGUGAAUUUUGUUUUUUGUGAAUUUUUUUUUCUCUCAUUCUGUAUCCCCAGCAUUACCUGGGAAUCUGAAGAUUAAAAGCAUGAGUGCCGCUGACUAACUAACUUCUUAAAAGAAAUAAAAAUUAGUUAUGAAAUCUACACCUGGGCGAGGUGAUAUUGACCCAGAGACUUUCUUCAUAGCCUUUUGAGCCUGAGUCAAAGCUCGCAGCUGUCUAAGGGAAAUGGUAACUCCAGUGUCUGUGCUUUUUCAGAGCGGGUUGCACACAUUUUACUAGGAUUUUUGUUUUGGGAACUCCACAGGAAGUGCAAUAAUCCUUAAGUGAGUCCUGGCUGCAAUGUGUUUAGACAUGUUGAAAGGAGCAUGGAUCGGAAAACUUUUUUUGUAAAAUGUGUGCUACCAUCCUAACAAUUCUGGAUCAGAACCUUCGCAGUCCUGCAGGUAUUUGAUGGAAUUGUAAAAAUGACCAACAAUAAAAUUCCAUUAGAGAAUUGUGAA